CACAUUCGUAUCGGCACAGUGCGUUCAAUGCACUGAACGUGGCACCUGCACGUGUGUAACACAUUGAAGUUAAAUGUCGUGUUAGAAAUUCCCCUUUUCAAAAGUGUUCCAGUGAUCAGUGAAGAAAGUCUAGCGGUUUUCGUCACUUUCCAACACCAUGUCUGCCCCAGAAACAUCUGUGGUAUUGAAGGAUUUCUUCUGCAAAGUAACAACCUCAAAAACAAAGGAAAGACGGCUCAUUUUGUCUGAGUUGUUGACCUGCAUUAACAAACCUGAUUUUCCUGACAAUGCGUCCAAGUUGAUCUUCAAGCUUCUACCCCUGACCCUCGGCCACUACACAGACUCAAAGUCUCGUCGGGAGGUUGAAGACAUUGUCAGGGCCCUCUUGGCUAAAUACGGAGACGAUGCCGUGAAAUCCCUCCUCAAGUUUCUCACUGGCCACGCCCGGCAACAAAGAAAUAUCAUAGCAUCACGAACUUCUGGUGGCUCUCCGCUGGCGAGUCUUGGCUGGACCUGUGUGUUGGUCCACUCGGUCUUCAACACCAAAGAGAAACAGACUGGAAGUGCUUGGGAUGACCUGAUCGAAGCACAAUGCAGUUUUAUCUCUGCUGUUUUAGCCACUAACUACCAGUCACUCAUCAAAUCAGCAUGCCGGAAACUCAAGAAAGUCUGGAAGCAGGUACCAGAUGCAGUCGGCAGUUACGCCGCAACGUUAGCCAAGCCUGACCCUACAGUACAUAGGCUGUGCAUGGUGAGCCUGUUAAUGCAACACUGUAGCCAGUCCAACCAGAGUGAUGUUAUUGAUGCUCACAGGACAGCCUUCCUGGACAUAUACAUCAAAGCCGUGUUUGGAGGCAAGAUAAAGCCACAAGUUCACGCUCUGAAAAUCAGCAAAUGGUUACUUUGUUGCGUCACCCAUGACGAAUUCAAGCAGAAGUUUCUUCCCUUCGUACAAAAGGCAAUGCUCCGCAGUCCUGAAAACAUCCUUGAAGCUCUUAGCUACCUUCUAAGCGGUGUCUCCCUUGAUCUCAGCCAGUAUGCUCAAGACUUGGGCAAGAACAUUGCAACCCACCUGCAUGCCAAGGAGGAGCUUCUGAUGAUAGAAGCCGCAGUGGCUGCUAAGAAUCUAGCCAUGCAGUGUAGCGAUGGUGAUGCCAUACAACAACUGGCUAAACACUUCUUUGCUAUCCUCAAUGGUUCAGAGGGCAAGCUGACCAUCGUGACGCAGCGUAUGGGCAUGUUGACUGGCAUCGGCAACCUCAGCUAUAACAGCGUAAUGGGACACACCUCUGUACAUGCAUUGGCAUCAAGCAUGGUAGAGAUGUUCAUUGUGCCACUACAGCAAGAAGUCCAUGAGGGCACAUUGGUUCACACCCUGUCCAUGCUGGCCCUAUGGUGUGCCAAGUUCACCAGCACAGUACCCAAGAAGCUCAUCGACUGGUUCCAGAAAGGCAUGACCCUCAAACAGUCCACAUCAUCGGUCAGGAAUGGCUACAUCCAGUGCAUGCUGGCAGCUUUCAAAGGUGACACUCUUCUACAGGCCUUGACAAUGCUGCCUCUUCUGAAGCAAUCUGUGGAGCGUGCUCAGUCGCAAUCUACCCUGGUUUCCAUAGUAACAGAGGGUCUCUCUUCUGCCUACAUGUUGACCUUGAUGUAUGGUGCUGAUAUUGAAGCUGAGUCCAAGUUGAGCUGGAUUUGGAGUGUACUGGUUGAUACUGAAAAGCAGUAUUUUGUUUCAGAGAGAUUUCUUUCCUCUGCCUCGGAAGGUGCCUUACAGACGAUACUGCAACUGAGUGAGAAGUUACUCAUUGAGCAUUCAGACAAACUCAAACCUGGAACAGAGAGGCUGUAUCAUCAGGCGAUAGUGACAACUCUCGUGCACCCAAGCUGGAAGCUAAGAAAGAGCGGCCAGGUGGUUGCUAAGAGACUUGUAACCAGCGGCAACGGCCUCCAGGUAGCCAGGUCAUUGCUUCAGGAACUCAGGGCUGCCAUGGCAACACAAAAGGUGAUAGACCCUACCCAGGCUGAUCUGACAAAUGGAGAGUCUGGUACGGAGACUAGGCAGGGCAUCUCCGCCGUGGUGCUAGCCUCUGCCCUCCAGGCGCUGAUAGUGAAUGCAGGUACUUGCAUGGGCAAGGAAGACGCUGGCAAGCUGGUCCUUGAGGCGCUGAUAGAUGUCCAUCAGCCAACUGUUGCCUCCGUCAAGCCCCUCCUGUGGUCAGCAAUUCUUCACAAGCUGAAGCUGGAUGCAGUGCAGUUACUGACUGACAACCUAGACGAUGUCUUCGAAGCAAUCGUGAGCGGAAAUUCUUGCUCUACGGAGGCAUCUUCCAAUGCUGCUGCCGCUACCAUAGCUAGACUGGCGCCUAAACAGUUCUUCCCCGUGCUAGUCAACCAUGCACAGAGUUGCCUCGGGAACCCAGAUCUAGCAUUAGUAACACAGGAAGAGUAUGACAUCAUGAAAACACCCGAAGGUGAACUAUUCAACAAAGCGUUCAUCGAAAGAAUGGCAAGUGAAAAGAGCAGUACCGCCAACAUGAAGAGAGAGAAUAAAGCGUACUCCUUUAAGGAACAGAAGAUGGAAAUAGAACUACAGAAGGAAAUGGAAGCAAAGAAGAGAGCAAAAGGAAUUAAGAUUGAAGUCAAGCUGACAAAGAAGCAGCAAGAAGCUAAAGAUGCUGAACUAGCAAAGGAGUCUGCCAUCCGGAAACGUCUGGAAAAGCUGGAUCAAGACUUAUCCACCACUGUCAAUCUACUCCAUGCUUGUGCCAGGGGCUGUCCCUCCACCAUGGCACACACCAUCCCCACCCUGGUGCCUUGUCUGUUGUCCCUUGUGUCAUCCCCUCUGGCAGCCUCUCAGGUCACUGAGGUCUUCUUGGCUCUCAGGAGAUGUGUGUUCAAGAAGAACCAGAUGAAUAUUGGGGAUACGGUUGCCUACUGUACCCUACGGCUGUCCAGUACAGCUUGCCCGCUAGACCCCAGCUGGCGUGAUGAAGACAUCAUCAGCAUGGCAUCCAGAGCUGUCGAGGUCAUCCAUGCAGGUCAAAAUCCCACAGCAGAGGUCAACGAAGACGACGACGACGACCUUUCCAGUGAUGAGGUCCAGCUUAGUCUCCUCUCAAGGUGUUUUCCAGCGCCGACACUCGCGUACUGCUUCCCGCUGUUGAAUCACGUGCUCAGAGACGGCGGCUCGGUCGUCAAGAAGAACGAGGAGGUUAUUGAGAAGGCGCUGGAUAUCCUUUCUGCACAUGCUCAGUUAAGAUGCUCUGAGGAUCUUGUAGAUGAAGUCGAUGAGAACGGACCUGAAUUGUUGCCACGGCGAGAGAUGCUUGAACUUCUGACUCGCCUGAUCGGCAUCAGCGGACCUAGCCUUCAGCAGACGGCAACCAGUGUAUUAGUAUAUCUGUGCCAUAGUGCCAGCGGGCUACCAGGAUGUACCAUGGCUGAACAAGAUGAGAUCGAUGUGUUGUUGUCAGCAUUGCAGUCGUCAUGCAUGGCUGCACGCGAAGCUGCUCUCAUGGGGCUGAAAGAGUUGAAUGAAGUUCUUCCCACCAUGGAUUCAGAGAGGGAGACCGCCCUCAACUUGAGCCAUCGUGUCCUCAUUGCAAAGCACGACCCAGAGGAGAGUGUCAAGUUAAUGGCUGGAGAGUUAUGGGAUGAAGCGGCACUCGAGAUCGACCCCGACCUCUGCUCUCUGACCAUCGUUGAUGUCAUCCACAGCCAAGACGUAGUCAGGCAGUCUGCUGCCCUCGCACUGGCUGCCUUACUGGAAGAGUACCGCAAAGAGAUUGAAGGAACACUGUCGAAACUCUUCUCUCUUCAUCAGGACAAGCUCCUGAUACCCCCACCUGUUAUGGAUAGCCUCGGGCGUGUCAUAUCAGAAUCCCCGCCCGAUGAGUUCUCGGCCCGCUGCGGCAUCGCCAACGCCCUGGGGAAGAUAUCACCCUACCUCAAGAAGAAUCAAGUGUCGGAGGUGUUCCGGUUCUUUGUUCCUGACGGGCUGAAUGAUCGGAAUGAGGAGGUUCGGAGAGUCAUGCUGCAGUCGGCUACAGCAGUCAUUGACAACCAGGGCAAGGAUAGUGUCGUCGUACUUCUCCCGGUCUUUGAGAAGUUCUUAGACGAGGCACCGAACACAUCGUCCUACGAUGCUGUGAGACACAGCGUGGUCAUCCUCAUGGGAUCACUAGCCAAACAUCUGGACAAGACUGACCCUAAGGUCAAACCCAUCGUGGCUAAAUUGAUCGAGGCGCUCUCCACUCCGUCCCAACAGGUCCAAGAAGCAGUCGCCAACUGCCUUCCCCCUCUCGUUCCAGCUAUCAAAGCAGACGCCCCGGCCAUCGUCAAGAAUCUCUUGGCCUUGCUACUGGAGUCAGAGAACUACGGAGAGAGGAAGGGGGCGGCCUACGGUCUGGCCGGGUUGGUGAAGGGGUUGGGUAUACUGUCACUCAAACAGCUUGAUAUCAUGUCGUCAUUGCAGGAUGCUAUACAAGACAAGAAGAACUUCAGACGUAGGGAAGGAGCCUUGUUUGCUUUUGAGAUGCUUUGUAACAUGCUGGGAAGGCUGUUUGAACCCUAUGUGGUUCAUGUGCUUCCUCAUUUACUGCUGUGCUUCGGGGACGGUAACCAGUACGUCAGAGAGGCAGCAGAUGACACAGCUAAGGCUGUCAUGAGUAAACUUAGUGGGCAUGGUGUCAAACUCGUUCUUCCAUCGCUACUCGCUGCCCUGGAAGAAGACUCGUGGAGAACCAAAACAGGUUCAGUGGAGUUACUGGGAGCCAUGGCUUACUGCGCCCCCAAGCAGCUGUCCUCAUGUCUGCCCAGCAUUGUACCCAAGCUGAUGGAAGUACUGACUGAUUCACACAGUAAAGUACAGAAGGCCGGCUCCCAAGCACUCAAACAGAUCGGGGCAGUCAUUAGGAAUCCAGAAAUCCAAGCGAUUGUUCCGAUGCUUUUGGAUGCCCUCUCCAAUCCUUCAAAGAAAACCGAUGCGUGUCUUCAACUUCUGCUAGGGACCAAGUUUGUCCACUUCAUUGAUGCGCCCUCGCUUGCCCUCAUAAUGCCAGUUGUACAGCGCUCCUUCCAAGACCGCUCCACGGACACUAAGAAAAUGGCUGCCCAGAUCAUCGGCAAUAUGUACUCCCUAACUGACCAGAAGGAUCUGGCACCCUAUCUCCCGUCCGUUAUGCCAGGUCUAAAGGCAUCCCUUCUGGAUCCCGUACCUGAAGUCAGGAAGGUAUCAGCCCGAGCCCUCGGAGCGAUGGUCAAAGGGAUGGGUGAGAGUAGUUUUGAUAACCUCCUCCCGUGGCUCAUGGAGAAACUCACCGUGGAGCAGAACUCGGUGGAUAGGUCAGGUGCAGCUCAAGGUCUGAGCGAAGUCAUGGCUGGUAUGGGAGUGGAGAAACUGGCCAAGCUAAUGCCAGACAUCAUCAAGACAGCCGAGGCCCCUGACAUCCCUCCUCAUGUCCGAGACGGUUACAUCAUGAUGUUUAUCUACCUACCAGGGACGUUUGGCGAAAGGUUUACAGAGUAUGUGGGCAAGGUCAUCCCAGCUAUCCUAAAGGCUCUGGCGGAUGAGUCUGAGUUUGUACGAGACACAGCCCUCCGUGCCGGCCAGCGCAUCGUCCACAUGUUUGCCGAGACCACUAUCUCUGUCUUCCUCCCAGAGUUGGAGAAGGGCCUGUUUGAUGAGAACUGGAGGAUUCGCUACAGCUCGGUGCAGUUACUCGGUGACCUGCUGUAUCGAGUCUCAGGAGUGACGGGGAAACAGAGUACAGUGAGCGGUGAAGAUGAUAACUUUGGUACUGAGCAUUCCACCAAGUCCAUUAUCAAAGUGCUGGGUAUUGAGAGGAGAAACCGAGUGCUGGCUGGACUGUACAUGGGCCGCUCCGACACGGCGCUGAUGGUUCGCCAGGCUGCUCUUCACGUCUGGAAGGUGGUGGUGGUGAACACACCGCGUUCAUUGAGGGAGAUCCUACCCACGCUGUUUGGUUUACUCUUAGGAUGUUUGGCUAGCACAAGCUAUGACAAGAGACAGGUUGCUGCACGGACACUAGGUGAUCUGGUACGCAAGCUGGGAGACCGCGUCUUGCCUGACAUCAUCCCCAUCUUGGAGAAGGGUCUGGAGUCCGAGAAGAGUGAUCAGAGGCAAGGAGUGUGUGUGGGGCUUAGCGAGAUCAUGAGCUCCACCAGCAGAGAACAGGUGAUGGGUUUUGUGGACAACAUUGUUCCGACUGUCAGGAAAGCCUUAUGUGAUCCUUUACCUGAGGUACGAGAGACAGCCGCUAAAACAUUUGAUAAUCUACAUGGAACCAUAGGUCAUAGAGCAUUAGAUGACAUCUUACCAGAGUUAUUGAGACAGCUUGAUGAUGAGAAACUGGGUCCUUAUGCACUGGACGGUCUGAAGCAAGUCAUGAUGGUCAAGAGUAGAGUCGUCUUACCGUUCCUCAUCCCCAAGUUGAUUCAACCUCCAGUGAACACCAGAGUGUUAGCCAUCUUGUCGGAGGUUGCAGGUGAAGCCCUCACUAAACAUCUAAGUAAGAUUCUACCUGCCCUUAUGGAUGCCCUGAAAACCAGCGUGGGAACGCCCCAAGAACUGGAGGAGCUUCAACAUUGUCAGACUGUUGUGCUGUCCGUGAAGGACGAGCAAGGCCUACAAAUAACCAUGGAUGAGAUCAUACCAGCUACAAAGAGCUCAAGUGCAGGGGUUCGACGUGCUGCAGCGACACUGCUCUACGUCUACUGUAGUCAGACCAAAGUCAGCUUCUCCCAGUUUGUGCCUGGCCUGCUGAGGGCGCUAAUCUUCCUGAUGAAGGAUGACGAUCGUAGUGUCCUGGACGUGACGUGGGACGCCCUCAAUGCCGUUACUAAGAGUUUGACUUCUGCAGACCAACUGCAGCACAUCUCCUCCCUCCGCCUCGCCAUCCGCUACGCCGCCGAUGGCCUCCACAACAAGGAACUCCCAGGGUUCUGCCUCCCCAAGAAGGGCAUCUCCCCCAUCCUACCCAUCUUCAGGGAGGCGUUGUUAAACGGGCCCCAGGACCUCAAGGAGCAGGCUGCCUCGGGGCUGGGUCAGGUCAUCAAGCUGACCAGCAACGAUGCCCUCAAGUCACAGGUUGUUAAUAUUACCGGGCCGCUCAUCAGGGUACUGGGUGACCGCUACACCUGGACGCUGAAGGUUGCCAUCCUGCAGACGCUUACAUUACUACUGGGAAAGGUUGGUGUUCUCCUCAAGCCAUUCCUUCCUCAACUACAAACCACCUUCCUGAGGGCCCUCUCCGAUCCAAAUCGCUCAGUGCGUCUGGAGGCGGCCUCUGCUUUGUCCAAACUAGUGGUUAUUCAUGCCAGGGUGGAUCCUCUGUUUGUAGAGCUGCAUAAUGGCAUCAAGAAUGAAGACAACGAGACAGGGGUCAGAGAGACAUUACUGCAGGCUGUGCGUGGCGUGGUCAGAGGUGGAGGAAAGAAGAUGAACGAAGCCAACAGGAAAGCCAUCACAGCAACCCUGGUGGGGCUACUCUCUCUUCCAGAGGACACUGCUCGGAUGGCAGCUGCCGGCUGUGUGGGGGCGCUCUGUCCCAUUCUACCAGAUGAUGAACUGGACUCGCUCAUUGGGUCCCAUCUUGUUGUGAGUGACCCGAGUGCAGUGUGGGUGCUCCAGCAUGGAAGGUGUGUGGCUCUAGCCGUAGCCAUCAAGGAGGCUCCACAGAAGUUACUGUCUGAUAAAUACAGAGCCGUCGUACUUGAGACUGUCCUUAAGAAUGUCGCCAAUGAUAGGAUACCUGUAUGUGUGAGCGGUUUGAGGGCUGUGGGGUUCUUUGGUCAGUAUCUCGUCACCACUGGAGAGGAACUCCCUACUAAUGUCAUCACCAUCUUAGUAAAGAAUCUUAACCAUUCAGCGAACGACAUCAAAAUGACAGCAGCCCAGAUGAUUACACUGAUCGCCAAGGCAACCGAGCAUCCACUGGGCAUGGCAGUCAUUAAGCCCCUGGUUAUCGUUCUUGUCAGCAAUACCAAAGACAAAAACACCGCAGUGCAAGCUGACAGUGAGAUAGCGUUGGUGGCGCUGUUGAGGCUACGAGAGAAUGACUCGCAUGUACAGCAAAUAUUGAAGAACUUAGACGCCAUACCAUCGGCUAACCUGAAUGACUGUAUGAAGAGACUGCGUAAAGUCGCAAAUCAACCUGAACAACACUUUGAAGCGGACGACACUGUCAUGCGCUGAGGAGCUCCGAGCAGAAUUUUAAACAUUACAAAUAAAGGCACUGGACACCUUCGGUAAUUGUCAAAGACCAGUCUUCUCACUUGGUGUAAUCCAACAUAUGCAUAACAAAAAAGUGAAAUGUUGAACUUAGUUGGCUGCGAAGGUGCGAGUUAAUAAUGGAAGACAAAACACAUCCUUGUCGCACAAGUUGUGUGCUUUCAGAUGCCUUGAAUUCUAGACC